AUGAAUUCUCAUUUGAAUGUCCUUUUUUUCAUUUUCAUCACUGUUGAGGUCACUCUACCUCUGGAAUAUUGUCCAACUCAUUGCCAGUGUGACUGGAACAUACGCAGUGUGUCAUGUUUUGGAGCUGAGAUCAUGCCUGUUUUCCAUGCCAGCACAGAAGAGGUGUGGCUUGUGGAGACAAAACUUUCUUCUAUUCCUCAGAAUGCCUUUGCCAGUUUGGCCAACAUUUCUCACAUAUACAUCUCUGAUGAUGACACUUUAAGAUAUCUUGAAAGGCAUUCUUUCCACAACCUGUCCUGGAUCACCCACAUACAACUAACUGCUAUCAAAACACUGUCAUACAUUGACCCAGAGGCAUUUAAGGAUCUGCCUAAAUUAAAGUACCUUGGGAUCACCAACACAGGUCUCACUUCCUUUCCUGGACUACAGUAUAUUCAGUCCACACAAGAGGAUUUUAUUUUGGAGAUAGUGGAGAAUGUCUUCAUUCAAGUCAUACCUGCUAAUUCUUUCAUGGGAAUAUCUGACAACUCUUUGACCAUCAUGCUGAAUAGUAAUGGUGUGAAAGAGAUCCAGCCCUAUGCCUUCAAUGGGAGCAGACUGGAAGAAGUGUAUCUUCACAGGAAUGUGGAUUUGGAGCGAAUAGAUGAAUUUGCGUUUUAUGGCGUAAUUCACGGCCCAAUUCACUUAGACCUCUCAGAAACCAAAGUUAGCUCUUUGCCUUCAAUAGGUAUGAAGACCAUUGAAAAGCUCCAAGCUAAAAACACUUGGGCCCUCAAAGCACUACCCCCCUUUAGAGCCUUUCUCCAUUUACAGAGUGCUGAACUGACCUUCCAAAGCCAUUGCUGUGGUCUCAAAAAGUUGAAAAGAUGGAGAGGACACUCUGAGGCCGUUAUUUGCAACUUGACCAGGACUGCUUUGGGAAAGCAGCAUGAAUCUUCUGCAGGUUUCUCUCGGAAAAUCUAUGAACAUCUAAGAGACAGCUUCGAUCUCCCAACUGCUGGCAGCACAAGUCACAAUCAUCACUACAACAGCCCCAUUUGCCCAAAUGAACAGUCUCAAAAUGAGGGUUUGUUUAAUGUUGAGUUAUCUGAAGAACAUUCCCAUGAAGAUUUUGACUUUGCACUGUGUAAUGAACUUCACACAGAUGAUCAUGGACUCUCAUGCAGCCCUGUCCCUGAUGCCUUCAACCCCUGUGAGGAUGUGAUCAGUCAAAGCUUCCUGAGGGUGUUGGUCUGGGUGGUCAGUCUGUUAGCCAUUUCAGCCAACUUCCUGGUGAUGAUCAUUCUGUUAACUAGCCGACAGAAGUUGUCCAUUACCCGUUUUCUCAUGGGUCACCUGGUGUUUGCAGAUUUUUGUAUGGGGAUGUACGUGCUGCUCAUUGCAUCUGUCGACAUCUACACACGCUCCCAUUAUUACCACUAUGCUAUUGCCUGGCAAACAGGAACUGGCUGCAAUCUAGCAGGCACAUUAUCAGUUUUCGCCAGUGAGCUAUCUGUUUACACAUUAACUUUAAUAAGUUUUCAGCGCUGGCACGCCAUCUUCUACGCAAUGAGGCCAGACAGAAAAUUGAGAUUACGCCAUGCAGUUGUGUUGAUGCUCAUCGGCUGGUUGUUGUGCAUAAUCCUAGCACUGCUGCCAGUGAUCGGUGUGAGCAGUUACCAGAAAGUGAGCAUCUGCUUACCUAUGGAUACUAAGACAACUGCUGCAUGGGCAUAUGUGGUCUCUGUCCUGAUGGUUAAUGUCAUUGCUGUUAUAGUGGUGUGCUUAUGUUAUCUUCACAUCUACUGUAUGGUGCACACUCCCCAGCACCAGUCCAGCAGAUGUGAUACCAUCAUGGCCAAACGCAUGGCUGUUCUCAUAUUCACCAACUUCCUCUGUCUGGCUCCCAUUUGCUUCUACGGCUUGUCUGCAGCUCUCCACCAACCAUUGAUCACCAUCACAGAUUCCAAGGUGCUGCUGGUGCUGUUCUAUCCUCUCAACUCUUGUGCACACCCAUUUUUUUAUGCUAUCCUCACAAAGGCAUUUCACCGAGACAUUCUGAUGUUGCUGAGCCGGAUGGGGCUAUGCCAGCAACAAGCACACCUCUAUAGAAGCCAAUUUGUCAGUAUUAAUCCCCACAUAUACAGAGAGACAAUGUCUGCCAUGCAGUCCAGCACCCACACCAUGAAACAUCCAAAAUAAUCACCAGGUUACAAGAUACCUGAACAUUGCCUUUGAAAUUUUGUUAACAUUUUUUCUUAUUGUAGUAGAUUUAAAAAGCACCAAAUACCAAUUUACAGAUUAUUAAUUAUUAAUUAUUUAGAGCCCAACUAUACGCUAUUGCAUAAUUUGUCCAUCAGAGAGCGCUGCGACUACACUGUAGGCAACACACUUAACAGCUCAGCUUACCACUGCAGAGCAGAACCUAUGUCUGUUAUGUAUCUUCAUGGUAAGGUGUUCAUUUGCAAGUGGAAAACAUGAUCUAAAUGAUAAUAAACCACACCUCCUCAUUUCCCCUUAUUGUAUAAGCUAAAUAAGCCUGGCAGCAGUCAUGUCAGUCAUGCCUGGUUUUGCUACAGUACACUAGCCACCACAGUCAGUCACCUCCUCUCAUACAGGACAGCAGAUGAGUGCUGUAAAACUUAUUGACAAACUGUUUUAUUUUUAUUUGUCAGUAAGUAUCAGUCAGUAAGAGUUCUGGCGAGUAAAUAAGCAAAGGCCCUAUAAUUUUCUCUCAUCAGUAUAAUGCUCACAGAUGCUGUAAAACACAUGCUCACAGUUUAUGUGUUGCUAAACUAGUAAGCCAGUAAGCUAGCUGCUCUCAUGGCGGUAAACUGAAGAUAGCUAAUGAGUUGUUAAAGUACAGCGUUGUACUCAUUCUACCUAUUCUAGUAAAUUAUUCAAGUAAGUAUACCCGCGACUUGCAUUUCAGCAGAAAAGUUAUACUGGUAGUUUAUCUUAAAAGUUUAAAGCUUAGACACAGGGCUUUUUCUGAGUUACUCCAGGAACUGUGCCAGUUCCUAAGCUAAUGUCUGAUCAUCACAUAACAGAAGAAGUCUAGAAUUGGUAAUAAUAAAGGGAUUAUUAGGAAAUAACUGUAUAUAAAUAACAACAGCAACAAUGAUGAUAACUAGAGUCAGGUUUACUGUUGCAGUUGUUGUUAUGUUUUUGACAAUAAGCCAAAUUUAUUUUUCAACUGCAUAAUGUCCAACUGAGUACAUAUCUUGUAUGGAACUCAAUAACUAAAUGU